AUGGAUCUAAAUUCAAAAACCCAGGUUGCUUUUCCAAAAAGGAGAGAGAGGGAUCAAAGGAGAAGGAAUGCUCUUUCAUCUCCUUGGAUUCAGUCGUCAUCGUCGUCUCUUAUACGAGAUAUAUUAUUGAAGAUAUCUAACAAAGCACUUGAGGUUGUGAAGACUGACACAGAAGAGGAAGCUCCUGAGAAAGUUUCGAUUCCAAUUGAGAUUAACAAAUAUGUUGAAGCCAUUAGAACAAUGCUGUGGUCCAUGGACGAUGGAGAGAUAAGCAUCUCAGCCUAUAAUACUGCAUGGGUCGGUCUCAUAAAAGAUGCAAAUGGGAGUGGUAAUCCUCAAUUCCUUUCUUGCCUUGAAUGGAUUGCCAGCAAUCAGCUACCAGAUGGUUCAUGGGGCGAUGCUGAUGUAUUUUCAGCAUAUGACAGAUUACUUAAUACAUUAGCUUGUGUAAUUGCAUUGAAAACAUGGAACCUACAUCCUGACAAAUGUACUAAAGGAACAUCAUUUCUUAACAACAACAUAAGUAAGCUUGAAGAUGAAAGUGCAGCGAACAUGACUGUUGGAUUUGAAGUUCUGUUCCCUACGCUUAUCGAGAUGCCUAGAAGUUUAGACAUUGAAGUUCAUGAUGAUUGUGGGAUCCUGCAACAGAUUUGUGCCAAGAGAAAUGAAAAGCUUACCAGGAUACCAAAGAACAUGAUGCAUGAUGUGCCCACAACACUACUCUUUAGCUUGGAAGGACUGCCAGACCUGGACUGGGAAAAGCUUCUAAAAUUGCAGUGCGAAGAUGGAUCCUUUUUGUUCUGUCCGUCGUCCACUGCCUUUGCAUUCAUGCAAACUAAAGAUGAAGGUUGCUUGAGAUAUUUGACUAAGACAAUUCAAAGGUUCAAUGGGGCAGGUAAAGUGCCUUUCUUGCCACUACAUAAACUUCACCAACUCUUCAUACAUGUGGUUUCUAAAUUUCCUUGGUUUAAUCCCUUUUCAGUCCCAGAAAUGUACCCAUUUGACUUAAUGGAGCGCAUCUGGGCUUUAGAUCGCUUGCAGCGGCUAGGAAUCUCAAGAUAUUUUGAGCCAGAGAUUAAACAGUAUGUGUUCAAGCAUUUCGAGAGAGAUGGUAAAUUCUUCUGCUAUGCCCUGGAGUCAACAAACUCUGUCAGUGCAACGUUUAAUCUGUAUAGGGCUUCUCAGUUUCGAUUUCCUGGAGAGAAGAUUCUUCAAGAUGCUGAGAAAUUUUCGUCCGAUUUCCUAAGAGAAAAACAAGCUGCCAAUGAACUCCAAGACAAAUGGGUGGGAUACGCAUUGGAGGUUCCAUGGUAUGCAAGCUUGCCUCGAGUGGAAGCCAGAUUCUACAUAGAACAGUAUGGUGGUGAAAACGACGUAUGGAUUUCCAAGGCUCUUUACAAGUUUCCAUAUGCGAGCAACAAUGUGUAUCUGGAGCUCGCAAAACUAGACUACAACAAUUGUCAAGCCUUGCAUUGUACUGAAUGGGAAUAUUUUCAAAAGAAGUCGCAUCCCAAGAAGACUGGACAGGAAAUCGUUAAUAUAUUGCUAGAAACCAUUAAAGAUCUCUCCCUUGAUGCGUUGGCUGCUCAUGGUCGCAAUUUCAGCGACAGUUUAUGUCACUCAUGGGAAGUGGAAGGAGAUAGGUACAAAGGAGAAGCAGAACUACUGGUUCAAACAAUGAAUCUCACAUCUGGGUAUUGGAUAUCCGAUAACGGCCUGUCAGCUAAUCAUCUGCAAUAUGAACACCUCUCAAAUCUCACCAACAGAGUAUGCUAUCAACUUGGUCAUUACAGGAAGAACAUGGCACAUGAAAAUGGCAGCUACAACACUCUGAGUAGCAGAAUUACUACCCCAGAGAUAGAGUCUGGCAUGCAAGAACUCGUGCAUUUAAUCCUCCAAAACUCUUCAGAUGGCAUGGAAUCCAAUAUCAAGCAAAGAUUUCUAGCAGUUGCAAAGAGUUUUUACUACACUGCCUUCUGCAAUCCUGAGACUAUCAACUACAACAUCAGUAAAGUACUCUCUGAGAAGGUUUAA